UUUAUUAAAAAUCAAAAAGAAGAGAAAGAGAGAAUGGAGAAUCAUGAGAAGAAAAGAAGUAGGGGACGACAAAAGAUUGCAAUGGAGAAAAUAGGAAAGAAGAAGAGUUUGCAAGUAACAUUCUCUAAGAGACGAACAGGUCUUUUCAAGAAAGCUAGUGCAUUAUGCGGUGCUCAAGUUGCCGUCAUUGUUGAAUCACCAGCCGGUAAAAUCUUUUCAUUCGGUAACCCUUCUGUCCACUCUGUUAUACACCGAUAUGAAACCGGUGAUGUCAAUGAUGGUAGGAAAAAGUAUUUGGAUGCUAAGGGAGACAAGGCAUCUAAUUGGUGGGAGGAUUUGUCUGUGGAGAAUUUAGAGUUACAAGAACUUGAAGAAUGUAUGGCUGCUAUGCAACUUUUGAAGAAGAAUUUGUUGAAAAGAAGUGAUGAUUUGACUUCUUCUUCUUCUUGUGAUGAUGUUUUGAUUCCCAAUAUGACUUUCAACCAAUUUGGAGCGCUUCCUCUUCAGUAUUAUGAUGUUGGAGGAUGUUCAAAUUAAACAUUCUGAGGAAUUGGCUGAAUAUACUAGUUUAAGUUGACU